AACAAUCCAGUUCUCCUUUCGCCGGAAUCUGUCCCUCCUCCCCCUCCUCCCCGCCUCUGCGGGUACUGGACCACCGUGGAGCGGGCAUUCAUCCAGGCUAGGUCCAUUCCUUCCUUUGCUCGUAAGUGACCCUGAUUUUUGCUCUACGAGUUUGUUUCGUGCUCCAUUGAAUCUAAAUCCCACUCCGCAUUUGCGGAUUCAUGCCCUACUACUAUUACAACCCCUUUCAUCCAUCCAUUCCUCGACUAGGUUCUCUUCUCCAUCGCGGAAGCUCCACCCGAGUUGACGCCAGAAGAGAAUCGGUGCCCUAGGGUGUUCUCGCAGAAUUAUUUUCCAGAAGAUUUGCAGAUCGAGUCGAACCCUAUGCCCCACGUUAAGCCUGCCGCCGGCCUGCCCCCUUACCACCACCGGGCGCUCCCUGGCCCCGGGCAGGGUCCAGUUCCCACGGGACAUGGGAUGAUGCACCGGGAGGUCCGUGAUCAGUACGGGCCGCUGGGGCCGAGGAUGCACCUACCACCGCUGGGGCACGGGCCCGCUCCGUUCCCCUACGACAUGCUGCCUCCGCUGCCCCCACCGGAGGUCCUGGAGCAGAAGCUUGUGGCACAGCACGGGGAGAUGCAGAAGCUGGUUAUAGAGAACGGCCGGCUUGCUGCAAGCCACGCCUCGCUGAGGAAAGAGCUAGCCGCGGCGCAGCAGGAGCUGCAGAGGCUGCAGGCGCAGGGGGAGGCCGCGAAAGCCGCUGAGGAGGAGGAGAUGAGGGGCCUCCUUGACAAGGUUGGGAAGAUGGAGGCCGACCUGAAGGCCCGUGAGUCCGUGAAGGUGGAGCUGCAGCAGGCUCAUGCUGAGGCGCAGAGCCUUGUGGCCAUGAGGCAGAACAUGGUGGCAGACGUGCAGAAGCUGAGCAAGGACCUGCAGAGGAACCUCGGUGAGGCACAGCAGCUCCCCGCGCUCUUGGCUGAACGGGAUGUUGCAAGGCAAGAAAAUCAGCAUCUCAGGAGUACUUAUGAUUACGAAAGGAAACUCAGGGUGGAUCACUCUGAAUCUUUGCAGACGAUGAAGAGGAAUUAUGACUCCAUGGUUACGGAGCUUGAAAAACUUCGUGCUGAGUUGAGGGACACAUCUAAUCUUGACAAAAGUGGUUUUUUCUACAAUAGCACCACCCAAAAGGCCGAUGGUAUAUCUAGCCAUCUUUCUGUUGGACAAAUUGCUUAUGAUACUGGCUAUGGAAGUACACAGGCAAGGGCAACUCCUACCGGUCUGGCAGACUUAAGUGGAGUCCCUGGAGGCGCUGGCCUUCGUUCUGGAUUCGACCCAUCAAGAGGCAAUGCAUACGAUGGCUCUCAUGUUGCCAAUUUCAGCUCUUCAAAAACUGGGACCCAUGAUGCAUCAAGGGGUGCCACUGGCUUUGACUCUCUCAAGGGUUCUGGGUAUGAUGCUUCAAAGGCGCAUGUAACUGGACAGGCGUCAGCUACAGCGGCUCAUGGGGGCAUUGCUGGUUACUACGGGUCCAAUCAGGCAGCACAUGCGUGGGGACAAUCUGCAUCGCCCUACGGAUCUGUACAGGUGCCACCAUCCUACGCAUCUGGGUCAAACACAUCCUAUGGCGCAGCAGCAGCAGCAGCAGUGCGUCCCUAUGGUUCAGCUCAGGCGCAACCAUCAUAUGGACAAACGCAGGCACCAUCUGCGUAUGGGCACACACAGCUACCAUCAUCCUACAGUCUAGCACAGGCGCAGUCUCCCUUCACCGCUGCGCAGGGGUCCUCGCCCUAUGGGUUGGCUGCGCAGCCUCCAGCCUAUGGAUCUGGGCGAGCAGGCUCCAAUGCUGGCAGUUACGAAGCUCCUCAAGGACGUAAAUAAGUUCGCGCCAAAUUUGCAUACUUGGCCACUUGCGAAAGAGAGCUUUGUUACACCGAGUCCAAAUCCUUUCUGUUGCUACUUAAACCUUGUUUAACUGUGAUGUCAGAGGAACCUGUUACAGCCGAUAAAACGAUUCUCUGUAAACGUAUUAUCGUGACCGAUGAUGCCGAUGCAUUUUUUUGUUCAGUAGAGUAGGCCAUUUGGGAACGCAGAUUUGAGUUGUGCGAUAUUGGUUC